AUGGCCAAGUCAACACUCGAAACGCUGCCUCCGGAGAUUCUCCACCAAAUUUUCAAACUCGUCGUCGCACAAAAAGACGAGUUCACUACCAGUCUCUGCUGUACGAGCAAGCGCAUCCGCGAGUUCUCGAGCGCCGCGCUGUAUGAGACCCUCACUCCUCAUGAACACUCGAAGCCGGAUGAGCUCAGUCUUCACCGCGUUCUUGACCUCUUUGAUGCGUUCGCCCUCAACCCACGCCUCGGUGAGCUCGUACAAGAGAUCGACCUCAUGCACCUACACACGGAUACGGACAUGGACGAUGUCAAUCUACAAUGGUUCGAAGCCUUGUAUACCAUGUGGAGAAGUGAAAAAAUGGAGGCCCUCCCCGACCUGAACCUGCCCGCGGCUCACCUGCUUCACCCAAUCCAAUACAUGGUAUGGCUAUCGGAACUGCUCAUCACGAAAAUGCCCAACCUGCAUACCCUCGCGAUCAAAUCUCAAGCGGGGCAAGAGCAGGGUGACGGGAAGUGGUGUCAGCGGCGUGAGUUUUUCCACAUGGAGACGGUAGACAUCGUUGCCAGAGCCGCUGGGGGGCGAGUACUGUUUCCGCACCUGAAGAACGUGUGUACCAACAUGUCCGGCUGUUUGAAACCACUCAGUAACGUCGCGCCGAAUAUAGAGUCCCUGAAAAUGGGCGAAUUUCUCUGGCACGAGGAAUCACCGGCCGACGUUCCCGACUUCAAGUUACCCCGUCUCAAGUUUCUCGAGAUAGGGGAUAACUCUGUUGUCACAAUGCGGGUGCUUCCCGAGCUGGUUAGAAGACUGCCCAGCCUACAAAAACUUCACUAUGAGUAUACAGACAGCGGGUUAUACUGUUUCGGGGGAGGUCCAGACGACGAUUGCCCCACCCCUCAAGGCAUCGUCAAUCUAUUGAAGCCCAUCGCAGAGCAGUUGAAGGAGCUCAAGCUGAGCCAUUUCGACCGAUGGAUCGUCAGGCUUUGUCAUGAGACCAAGGUCAGCAGAUACGCCCAGAAGUUCCUCGAACCCGCUGGCAUCCUGGAGCCUCUGGAGUUCCUUAGCGUCCUCGAGCGUCUGGAUGUUGACUCCGACUGUCUUUGGGUACAGCGACACCCGUAUGUCAGAAGGUCUAACUACGAGAAGGUCAUGCAUCUCAUCAAGUUGCUCCCCCAGCGACUGCAGCACCUUCAGUUCGACGGGCUCAACGACGAUGAUGCAGAUGGCGACGACCCGGACCCCAGGAUACACUUUGUCAGAGAAGUUGCAAUCGAUGACGACGACGAAAGCAUGGUAAUCACUGAAGAACAGUGGGACAGCGUAGAGUAUCCGCACGUGAGAAGCAACUGGCCCCGCGGCAGUUAUGUUCAUGAGCACGCUCAUGAUGGGCUCUUGCUGCUCCCGCGUCACUUACGACAACGCUGCCCCGACCUGCAGUCGGUGACAUAUCGCUUCCUGCCGAAAAGCCCCGGGCUUGGCCCGGAGCAACUGCAGACUCUCACGCAAGCAUUUGCCGAGGUGGGAAUCGCGUUUCACCCUUCUGGGCGCGAAGAGUACGAGAUAGAAAAGCGAUAUCCUCGGGGUUCUCGCUGGCAGUUGGACGGCCCGGAAGUAGAGUGGUUCUGA